AUGACCGCCAGAACCAACGUUAGAGACCGUGGUUAUGUCGAUAUCUCCGACCACGGGCUUAUUGGAAACCUCCAAACGGCUGCUCUGGUCAGCUUGGAUGGCUCUAUCGAGUCUUACUGUGUCCCGUUCUUCGAUUCUCCGUCCAUCUUUGCCCCUCCCCAGGGCGGUCACUUUUCAAUUACCCCUACCAACGACUUUACCCCAAAGCAGCAAUAUAUGCCUAGCUCCAAUGUUCUCUCUACCAAGUUUCUGAGUGAUUGCGGUGUGGGUCAGGUCACAGACUUUUUGCCUCGUCAAAGCAGAGCAAAUUCUACCAAGCCCAAUCUCCCUUGGCUUGUCCGCCGUGUCGAAGUCAUUCGAGGCGAAGUGCCCUACCGUGUCGAAUGUUGCCCAGCUUUCGACUAUGCACGUGCCCCUCAUAAAACCGAACUUGUGCCCGAUGACAGUAUCCCGAACGAAGCUCAGCAAAAGGUCCUCUUUACUUCUGAAAACCUCAAACUCGACCUGCGUUAUGUCGCAGACUCUACUUUGGACGAUGUCCCGGUCCCAGAAAUCAACUUUGAGAUACUCUACCUACCCGAGAAAGGACAUUUAGGCCCAGGUGCUCAUGUCGAUUUGAAGCUCAAAGAGGGCCAAGUCGUCACCUUCUUCCUUCGAACUCCUCCCAAAGAACCCCCAGUCCCCCAUGCGAUUCCCAAAUUUGAGACCGCCAAAGAGUUCAAUGUAACUUUUGAAUCGAUUGUGGAAGGAGCAAAUAAAUUACGGGCACGAGAUGACCCAAUCUUGACCAAGCGGCUUGCAGACGGUCUUCUCAAGGAUACGAACGAGUAUUGGCAACAAUGGAUUGGUCGUUCCACCUACGAAGGUAACUGGAGGGAAGCUGUACAUCGUAGCGCUCUAGCACUCAAACUCCUCAUCUUUGAGCCAACUGUGCGAUCGUUGCCUCUCCGACAUUUUCACUACCGGAAUACAUCGGUGGGACAAGGAACUGGGACUACAGGUGAAUCGAGUUCUGGAUAUAACCAAGCCCUGAUCACUGUGGGGCAGAUAUUGCUGGAUUCGAGACAGUUCAUUCACCUUUAUGCUCUCAUUCGACUCGGGUUCACGGACGAAGCUAAUGGUGCUUACACGAUCAAGCUUUCAUGGAUUUCAUCUUCAAGCGUGUACAAGAGCGUAACCCAGACGGAAGGUGAGGGACGAUUCAACGUCGAAUCUUUCCAACCACCUACAGUCUUCAAAUUAUGUAUUCUAUCCAUGGAGAAAAGAAGCUCCCCUGAGAUUGAGCUUCAUCACCUCGAUGGUCACAAGGGAUCAAGACCUGUUCGGUAUGCUAUUUCGUCUGCCCAUAGGGCGAGGCUGAGAAACGCAGUAUUGGUAACGGAGCUGCGGAUCAUCUUCAGCUUGAUAUAUAUGGUUCGAACGCCGUCAAAGUUUGGAGAACUUCUUGAUUUCAUCUAUCUCAGCCAAAAGUUUGCGAGGCCAUUGGGAUACGACCUAUGGCUCGCUGUACGAGAUCUUGUCGACUAUGUCAUCGCCAACUGUCACCGACCCGACUUGUCGAUAUGGUAG